UCUCUCCCCACCCGCCUGAUCCGACUCCAACAAAUGAUAUCAGCAUACCUUGGAGGAACGGAAGAGUGCUCGAUGACCAGUAGGUAGAUGACGUCCUAGUCGGCGACACUUCGGAGCCUCGUAGGCGGCGACCAACUCGGAGGACGACUCGUGGCGGCUAUUUCACGAUAAACCCUAAUUCCUAAUUCCUCUCUAAGGCGAUUCCCCGUUCGAAGGCUUGAGGAAUGGAGAUGCGUCGCGAAAAAGCAGCUGAUUAUCUGCAAAAAGUAGGCGAUAUGGAUUUCAAAGGUUGUUGGUAUACGAUAAAGUCAACUCAUGAUUCCAUGAGAAUUGCAUUGUCAUCUGUCAUUGGAGGACUGUUAUUGGGAUUUAAUACAGGUGUUAUUUCUAGUGCUUUACCUUAUAUUAAAAACAACUCUAGACAUGUUACUGAGGACCACUGGUUACAGGCGUUUUUAGUGGGUGCUGCAGCUGCAGGAGCUUUUGUUAGCCUAACAAUUGUAGGACGGGUGAAUGACAGGCUUGGGCCGAAGACAUCACUUCUAUUUGCUGAUUUCUUGUCCAUUAUUGGUAUAAUUGUGUCGGUUUUUGCUAUGUCUCCUGUGGCACUAGUCAUUGGAAGAAUAUUUGUGGGGCUGGCAGUUGGAAUGACCUUUGUUACCUUACCCCUUUAUGUUUCGGAGGCCUUCUCUUCUAGAUACUUGGGUGUUCUAUUUUGUACCAAUUCUUUGCUAAUUACUGUGGGACAAUUUUUCUCAAACUUCAUCAGUCUAGUCUACACAGAGAAAACUCAUCCUUGGCGUUGGAUGGUUGGAUUUGCAAUAUACCCUACUUUCAUCCAUCUUUGUUUGUUGCAAUCUCUUUAUGAAUGUCCCAAGUGGUAUUACCAAAAGGGUGAAAAAUAUCUCGCAUAUAUGGUUACUCAACAUACAUAUUAUACUUUUGAGGAGGCAAAGGAAGCAUUUCUUGUUAUGGAUUUGUCAAUUGAUGCCGAAAAAGCUGUUGGAGGAUCUUUAUUGGAAGGCAACGUUUUCACAAAGAUAAGAAAAGCCCCAAGUAAUAUACUACGAAGGUUGCUCUUUAAACAUAUAGCUUUGCAGGCAGCGCAGCAGUUAGCUGGUAUAAAUGUAGUGAUUAAUUUUGGUCCUACAAUAAUUCAAAUGGCUGGGACUACUUUAACUAGGACAGCUUUAAUGCUUUCUUUAGUUCCUUCUGGGCUUAAUGUGGUUGCCUCUAUCAUUAGCAUCUCGUUUGUCGAUAGAUACAGGAGAAAACGAAUGAUAACUUCUUUAUUUGGCACUUUUAUCUGCCUUCUUCUGUUAUCUGGUGUGCUUCAUUCAGCUUCCGUCAAGGCUUCUUGUGGAGUGAAAAAUGUUACUAGGAAUGGAUGUCCUGCAGCAGACGGCUUAUUGGAUACGAACUGGUACCUUGUUGGAGAUGGGUACCUUAUUGGAGAUGGUCAAUCGGCGGCAAUACUAUUGGGUGCCUAUGUUAUAUUCUACUCAAUUGGACUGGGAACCAUCCCUUUGAUUCGUAGGUCAAAAAUGCGUCCUUUGGAACACAGAGACAUCAGGAUAGGUGUGACUUCAGCGCUGGAUUGGCUAUGGAAUUUUAUAUUGAGUUUACUAUUCUUAUUUUUUGUUGAUCUUCUUGGUUCCGCGGGCACAUUUAUGCUGUUUGCUGGUUUUUCUUUAAUUUCACUUGUAUUGGUGGUGUGCACCUGAAUCUUGAAAAUAAACUAGAGAGACGGAACUCAAAUACUAAAUUUGAGAAAAAGUUCGAUUAUAGCUCUUUGGGUUCUCAAACUAGUUAUGUAGACUCCUUUUCAUUAUGUAAAUGCUACGGGUUGUGUUUGUAUGACUUCCCAUGAUUUAUCUGA